CCCACAUAAGAAAGACUAUUCAAGUUUCACGAGCCAAACAAAAACACUUGGUUUUCUUCUUGCUUUCUUUCUUUGCAUUAUGGAUGGUAAAAGGUUGGAAUAUAAAGGUGAUGAAGCUCUAAAAGAUCUUGAACGCAUAACAAGUAAUGCUAAUGAAGUUCAAGAAAAUAUUUUGAAAGAGAUUAUAACCAGAAAUGAGUCUACUGAAUAUUUGAAAAAAUUCAUGGAUGGUGUUUCAACAAUGAAAAGUUCGAAGAAGACAAUGAUCUCUGAGUUUAAGAAGCGUGUCCCCGUUGUAAGUUAUGCUCGAAUUCGGCCGUAUAUUCAACGAAUUGCUAAUGGGGAAGAUUCUUCUAUUCUUUCUGGUCGCCCUAUCACUGAAAUGUUAUGCAGUUCGGGAACUUCGGCCGGAGUACCUAAGCUGAUGCCUACUAUAGCUGAAGACCAUGAUCGCCGAACAUAUUUAUACAACUUGAUUAUGCCGAUUAUGAACCAGUAUGUACCGGGCCUUGACGAGGGAAAAGCCAUGUACUUGAACUUUGUAAAAGCAGAGACAUUGACACCUUCUGGGUUACCAGCUCGGCCAGUGCUCACGAGCUACUACAAAAGCAAACAUUUUAAGUGCAGAGUGCGUGACUCAUUCAACGACUUUACGAGCCCUGAUAAAACCAUCUUAUGCAUUGAUAGUCGUCAAAGUAUGUACUGUCAACUCCUAGCUGGUUUAAUAUACCGUAAGCAAGUCCUCAGACUCGGAGCGGUGUUUGCCUCAGCUUUCCUCCGAGCCAUUAGCUUUCUUGAACAUAACUGGCCUGAAUUGUGUAACGACAUCAGAACUGGUCAGUUAGGGUCAACUAUCACAGACGCGGGUUGUCGAUCAUCAAUGUUGGAUGUAUUGAAGUAUCCAGACCCAAAAGCAGCUGAUGAAAUCGAAGAAAUUUGUAGUUGUCAGUCGUGGAACGGAAUAUUAGGCUAUCUAUGGCCCAAAACUAAGUACAUUGAAGCUGUAGUUACUGGAUCCAUGGCGCAGUAUAUCCCAGCCUUAGAGUAUUAUACUGCUGGAAAAUUACCUUUGGUUUGUACAAUGUAUGCUUCAUCCGAAUGUUACUUUGGUGUAAAUUUGGAGCCACUGUGCAAACCGGACGACGUGGCAUUUACCCUUUUGCCAAACAUGGGUUAUUUCGAAUUUAUACCAUUGAAUGAUGAUGGACCAGUGGAUGAAGAUGAGGUUGAAAAGGAGAAAUUAGUCGACAUGGCCAAUGUCAGGAUUGGAUCUUACUAUGAACUUGUUGUUACAACUUUUGCUGGAUUAUGCAGGUACCGAAUCGGAGAUGUCGUGCAGGUAACUGGAUUUUACAAUAAAGCUCCGCAACUACGAUUCAUCUGCCGUAGAAAUGUCGUGUUAAGCAUUGACAAUGACAAAACUAGUGAAGAAGAUCUUCAUAACAGUGUUACCGCAGCUAAAAAGCUCCUGGAAAGUGCCCUGCUCGUAGAAUACACCAGUUAUGCUGAUACUUCAUCUAUUCCUGGACAUUACGUAUUGUUUUGGGAGAUCGUAUAUCAUACACCGCCAAUGGUUAACGGUUUCAGCACUGAUCAAAUAGCCAAUGAUACAAUGGAAGUUAGCGUUCUUGAAGAUUGUUGCAUGGCCGUUGAAGAAGGACUUGAUUACAUAUACAAACGCUGUCGUACUUAUGACAAGUCCGUUGGACCACUGGAGAUACGUGUGGUUGAGCCUGGUUCGUUUGAUGCUUUAAUGGAUCAUUUCAUCAGUCAGGGUGCUUCCAUUAAUCAGUACAAAACUCCGAGGUGCAUCAGGACUAGCUUCGCUCUAGAACUGCUUAAUUCCCGAGUCAAGUCUUGCGUUUUUAGCCCUAGAGAUCCAAUAUGGAACCCUUUGUAAUUCGUGUCUGUACUUGUCGUGCAUGCAUAAGAUGAGCUUAUCAUUAUGGUUUUUGCUGCAUGAACGUAAUUUUAGCUUAAUCAGAUAUUAACUAGUAUGAUUUUAGCAGGAGCCUGCCUUCGUGAUUAUUCAUGAAAUGGAGGAAAAAAUAAUCUAGUGUAUUAUCUAAAUUAGCUGCUGAUUUUGGCAUCUUAUCCAACCAUUAAUAAAGUAAAUGACCAUUACAUUGA